AUUUAUGGAAUUUUUGCCCACGCGACAGGGCUAUCUUUGCCACUGUGGGGCCCAACGCGCAACAGAAUUCUCGCGACACUAUAUGUACUGCUUGUUCCUCGCGGUGGAGACAAAAAAGAAAAUGAAAAAGAUGUGACACUGUCCUUCUGUCUUUUCUUCAUCCUGAUUUCAGGUCUCGCUGAGCCUACCCGCUCUUCGAUCUAUCCUCUAUCCCUUUCUACACCUCUCUUCUUCUCCUUCACUGGUGCGGAAACUCACAAUGCUUCCCAAACUCUCAAAAGCGUUUCGCAGCUCGGACGAGGACCUCGAAAAGGCUCCUCAGGUCAACAGUGCCUUUGAGACCAACAGCAACAAUGACAUGUUCGACAACUCCAGCGACGGCGCUGUGCCCGGUGAGAGCUUCGAAUACGGUAAUUCGACCUACGCCAAGAUUCAGCGCAUCGCCGGCAAGUUCAAUAUCGAGCAGCGUGGCGUGGAGCGAGUGCCGGAUAGCGAACGGAAUGAUACGUCGUAUCUAAACAUUGGCAGCAUGUGGUUGGCCGCAAACAUGGUUGUCAGCUCCUUCGCCAUUGGUGUGCUCGGACAGUCUAUAUUUGAGCUCGGCUUUGUCGACGCCAUUCUGGUGUGCCUCUUCUUCAACCUCCUCGGUGUGAUGACUGUGUGCUUCUUCUCGUGCUUUGGCCCAGUCUUUGGACUGCGCCAGAUGGUGCUCUCCAGAUUCUGGUUUGGAUGGUGGGCUGUGAAAUUCAUUGCCAUCCUCAACGUGAUUGCCUGUAUCGGAUGGUCCGCGGCCAAUGCCAUCGUCGGUGCUCAGCUUCUCAACGCGGUCAACGCCGCCGUGCCUGGAUACGCCGGUAUUCUUAUCAUCACCUUCUGCACUCUUUUCAUCACCUUUGCCGGGUACAAGAUCGUUCACAUCUAUGAAUACUGGAGCUGGAUCCCAACCUGCAUUGUGUUCUUCAUUGUACUCGGUUGUUUUGCUCACUCGGGUGACUUCGUCAACAUCCCCAUGGGCGUCGGAAUCUCUGAAAUGGGUUCCUGUCUGUCUUUUGGAUCUACAGUCUACGGCUUCGCAACUGGCUGGACCAGUUACGCCGCCGACUACACCGUAUACCAGCCUAAGACCCAGAGCCGCCGUCUGGUCUUUUUCUCUGCCUGGCUCGGUCUUGUCGUCCCUCUGAUCUUCACCCAGUUCUUGGGUAUUGCCGUGAUGACUGCCACUACACUCAACGGCGGGGACAACAAAUAUGCUGCGGGUUAUGCUGCUUCGGUCAACGGUGGUUUGCUCGCAGCUGUGCUAGAGCCCCUCGGUGGCUUUGGCAAGUUCUGUCUCGUCAUCCUGGCCCUGUCCAUCAUCGCCAAUAACUGUCCAAACAUCUACUCUGUUUCCUUGACCCUCCAAGUCCUGCACAGGUACACCCAGCGCGUGCCCCGAUUCAUCUGGACUUUCCUGGCCUCGUGUGUCUCCCUCGCCAUCGCCAUCCCCGGAUACUCCCACUUCGAAACCGUCCUUACAAACUUCAUGAACCUAAUCGCCUACUGGCUUGCCAUCUACUCCGCCAUUGCCAUCGCCGACCACUUCAUCUUCCGCCGUGGAUUUGACGGCUACCGCCCAGAGGACUACGACAAGCCUGAUAAGCUGCCUCUCGGUAUCGCAGCCUCUAUCGCAUUCUGCUGCGGUAUUGCAGGUGUCGUCACUGGUAUGAGCCAAACAUGGUGGAUUGGACCUAUUGCCCACCACGCCGGUGACCCCGCAUUCGGCGGUGAUGUCGGUUUCGAGUUGGGCUUUGCUUUCGCUUUUGUGUCAUAUUGCAUUCUGCGUCCGAUUGAAAUUCGUCGCAGUGGUCGGUAAAUUUGUUUUUAAAUGGUGUACAUAAUGGGUCGAUUGGGUUGGAACGUUGAUUUCAUAGCAUUGAUUGUGAAUCCGCUAUUUAUGCAUGUCUAUAGUUGCAUAUCUAUUCAGCGUUUGCAUUAAUCUUUUACUUUUUUUGA